GUUGGUAAUUUGUCCCAAUAUGUACCUGCAUCCAUGUCUAAGACCUGCGUCGUGCUGUUUGUGGGCUCAAAUGUUGAUAAACAUGAUAUUUGUCUCCGGAUGAAGGGUUUUGUUAAAGUGGUGAAGAACAAGGCCUACUUCAAGAGGUACCAGGUCAAAUUCAGGAGAAGGAGAGAGGGAAAGACCGACUUCUUUGCUCGCAAGCGCCUGGUCGUCCAAGAUAAGAACAAGUACAACACACCCAAGUACAGGAUGAUUGUCCGCUUCUCAAACAGGGACAUUGUCUGCCAGAUCGCCUAUGCCAAGAUUGAGGGUGACAUGAUCGUCUGUGCCGCCUACGCCCAUGAGCUGCCCAAAUACGGCAUCUCAGUGGGAUUGACAAACUACGCAGCAGCCUACUGCACUGGACUGCUGCUGGCUCGCAGACUGCUGAACAAGUUUGGCCUGGAUAAGGUCUACGAAGGCCAGGUGGAGGUGACAGGCGACGAGUUCAAUGUUGAGAGCAUUGACGGUCAGCCUGGUGCUUUCACCUGCUACCUGGAUGCUGGGCUUGCCAGAACCACCACAGGCAACAAGGUGUUCGGAGCUCUGAAGGGGGCUGUGGAUGGGGGUCUGUCUAUCCCCCACAGCACCAAGCGCUUCCCUGGGUAUGAUGCAGAGAGCAAGGAGUUCAACGCUGAGGUCCACCGGAAGCACAUCAUGGGGGUCAACGUGUCAGAGUACAUGAGCUACCUGAUGGAGGAGGAUGAGGAAGCUUACAAGAAGCAGUUCUCCCGCUUCAUCAAGAAUGGAGUCACCCCUGAUAUGGUUGAGGAAAUGUACAAAAAGGCUCAUGCUGCCAUUCGUGAGAACCCAGUCCACGAAAAGAAGCCUCCCAAAGAAGUCAAGAAGAAGAGGUGGAACCGCGCCAAGCUCUCUCUGGCCCAGAGGAAAGACCGUGUCGCCCAGAAGAAGGCCAGCUUCCUCCGGGCUCAGGAACAGGAGGCUGAUUAAAAUGUUGGCCUUGGGCGCUCAAAAUGCAAACAUUUGUUCUAAUAAAUAUAUUAAAAAAAAGAUGCA